GAACCCACGUGUUCGGCUCCAGGGAAGCACCAGAACUGAAGCAAACUACAGGGAGGUUGCAGAGUGUGUGUAUACUAGAAAAGCUCUUUUAAUUAUAUUUAGGCUUCAUUACGCUCGGAGACAGCUUUCUACAAUGUCCUCUUUCAGGAAAGCGCUGAAAUCCCGACAGAAAAACCACCAUGAAAGGUCUCAGCCUGGUUUCAGAAAACAUUUGGGAUUACUGGAGAAGAAGAAAGACUACAAACUCCGAGCAGAUGACUAUCACAAGAAACAAAACACCCUUGCUGCUCUCCGAAAGAAAGCUCUGGAGAAGAACCCAGAUGAGUUUUACUAUAAGAUGAUCAACUCUCAGCUGCAGGAUGGAGUUCAUGUGAUGAAGAAACAGAAUGAAGAGGAGGAGGUAACAGAGGAGCAGAAGAAAGUGAUGAGGACGCAGGAUGUCAAAUAUGUAGAGAUGAAAAGGGUUGCAGAAGCAAAGAAAAUCGAGAGGCUGAAAGGAGAACUCCAUCUUUUGGAUGCAGACAGCAAACCAAAAAACACCCACACAUUUUUUGUGGACUCUAAAAAGGAAGUGCAGUCAUUUAACCUGGCAACACACCUCAACACGGCUCCAGAGCUGGUGGAUAGAGUGUACAACAGACCAACUCUGCAAACACUGGAGACUAAGAGCAUCCAAGGAGCUGUGGAGCCUCGCAGUAUGAAGAAGCUGGCCAAGCAAAGGAAGCACCAGUAUAAAAUCCUUUCCCAGAGGAUUGACCGAGAAAAGAAAAUGUUUGUCAUCAGUCAGAAAAUUCAGACCCGCAAGGACUUACAGGAUAAAAAUAAGAAAGUGAAGGUUAAAAAGGAAACACCCAAUGCUGCAGCUAUCUACAAAUUUGCGACCAAGAGGAAACGCUGAGGAGGAAGUGGGGAAAAAAAUCACUCCUGGGAUGUAAUUAUAAAAUUUUGGACUUCUACCUUAUGGAUCUGCACAGCUCUGGUCACAGCACCUGAUAAAUGUUUUUCUCAUCAUUGUUGCAGCUUUGCAGUUUUGUACAUAUUUCUCAAAGACAUGCAUUUUUUUUCAAAUAAAUGUGUGAAGGCUUGCA